AUGACGGUGUGUUCAUCUAUGUUCACCAAUCAGUUGGGCCUAUGCAACAGCCUCACGACGCUCGAAGUUAUCGGAGAGUCCUUUGAUGUCACUCAGCCUGGUAAACGCUCGUGGACAACCUCUCUUUACGGCUUGACUCUGGGCAUAUUCCUCUUGGUCGGAGGACGUUUGAGUGACGAGUUUGGUAACAAGACAAUCUUCAUCAUCGGUAUGGGCUGGCUUGUCUUGACCAGCAUGAUGACAGGAGUCUCUGCAUACUCCAAAUACCCCAUCUACGUCCCUGCUCGUGUCCUGCAGGGUUUUGGUCCCGCCUUGACUGUGUCUAAUGCGCUCGCUAUCAUGGAAAAAUGCCUCUCCCAGGGCCCAAGAAAUAUGGGGCUCGCAUGGGUUGCUGCAUUAGCCCCUGUCGGUGCGAUGGCAGGUCUCCUCUUUGGGCCUCUCUUCGCCAUGGCUUGGUGA